ACGGUGUCGACAGGGACGAUGGGACGGCAAGUGCUCUUGUUUAUCUGGGUGCUCUCUCUCAGUGUAGUACACGGGCAGGUCAGCUACUCCAUUCCCGAGGAAAUGUCAAAGGGGGCUCUAAUAGGCAAUAUUGCUCAGGAUUUAGGUUUAGGUGUGGAAAGACUCAAGUCCGGUAAAGCUCGUAUUUAUACUGGUAACAGUGAGGAAUAUAUUGAGCUGAAGAGAGACAGAGGAGUGCUCCUCAUUAAAGACAGAAUAGACAGAGAAUCAAUAUGCGGUCAAACAAUGCCUUGCGCACUCCAUUUUCAAAUGAUCCUGGAAAACCCAAUGGAGUUUUACACGGUUACUGUCGAGAUUAAAGAUAUUAAUGACAAUCCUCCCACAUUUGAGAGAGGUGAGAUGAAAUAUGAAAUUAGCGAAUCAGCUCUUGCCGGAGCUCGAUUCGUCUUAGAUAAAGCCAUAGAUGAUGAUGUUGAUGUCAACGGAUUGAAAAGCUACGCCCUAAAACCCAGUGAUAAUUUCGUUCUGAAAACCAUGAGCAGAGGAGAUGGGACUAAACAUGUCGAGAUGGUUUUACAGAAACCAUUAGACCGAGAGAAUCAUGAGCAUAUAUCAUUAAUACUCACCGCUCUGGAUGGUGGUGAACCACAGCUUUCGGGGACAAUGCAGAUUAUCAUAACUGUAUUAGACGCCAAUGACAACCCGCCUGUUUGUUCAAAAUCGGAAUAUAAGGCAAGUGUGACAGAGAGCGCUCCUGCUGGCACUGUAAUAACUACCGUAAGGGCUACAGACAUAGAUAAAGGCAAUAAUGGGAAAGUAACAUACACGAUUUCAAAAUCUGGAGCAGCGUCUCUCUUUCAAAUUGAUGCCAAUAAUGGACUAUUGACCUUAACUGGAAAUGUAGAUUAUGAAAAAAGGAGACUUUAUGAGCUAGAUGUUCAGGUGUCAGAUCAGGGAGGAUUAUCUGACGCGUGUAGAGUGAUCGUGGACGUGACAGAUAUAAAUGAUAACCCCCCGUCCAUUAAAAUUAUGUCUAACUCAAACACAGUAUCUGAGAACAUGAAACCGGGGACGGUUGUAACGAUGCUUAAUAUACAAGAUCCGGAUUCAAAUGAUAAUGGUAAAGUCAUGUGUGUUUUAAACGAAAAUAUACCCUUUACCAUUAAAUCGACAACAAAUAAUUUCUUUACCGUUGUAACAGACAGUGAAUUAGACAGAGAGAGAGCCUCCGAGUAUAAUAUAACAGUGACCUGCUCUGAUGAGGGAGUGCCCUCCCUCUCCAGCAGCGUCACUCUCACCUUACAGAUCUCUGAUGUGAAUGACAACGCGCCUGUUUUUGAGAGGAGCUCAUAUAAGGCCUACAUUGUAGAAAACAACACACCAGGCCUCUCUAUAUUCACAGUGAAAGCCAGAGACGCUGACUGGAACCAGAAUGCGCGUGUUUCUUACAUACUGGAGGACUCCUCUGUUAACGGAGUGCCAGUCUCCUCAUAUGUGUCCGUUAGUGCUGAUAGUGGAGUCAUCCAUGCAGUGCGCUCUUUUGACUACGAGCAGAUCAAAGACUUCCAGUUCCGCGUCAAAGCGCAGGAUGGAGGCUCCCCUCCACUCAGUAGCAACGUGACUGUGAAAAUAAUGAUCCAGGACCAGAACGACAACCCCCCUCAGGUUCUGUACCCAGUCCAGACUGGUGGCUCUCUGGUGGCUGAAAUGGUGCCUCGUUCAGCAGAUGUGGGCUAUCUGGUCACUAAAGUGGUGGCUGUUGAUGUGGACUCUGGACAGAAUGCCUGGCUCUCCUAUAAACUGCAGAAAGCCACAGACAGGGCGCUGUUUGAAGUGGCCUUACAGAAUGGAGAAAUAAGAACUAUCC